GGAUAUUGGCUUCCCUUUCUGUGUCCUGAGCUGAAGUGUGACGGGAGCCUUUGGCCCCGGGGCCUCUGCUCUGCCCAGGAGGCGCUUUCACGGUGCAAAAGGGAUGGUUCCUCUGCUCCUGACAGCCAGGCUUGCAAGGGAAUCAGUGACGUUCAAAGAUGUGGCUGUGGAAUUCUCUCUGGAGGAGUGGGUACAUUUGAAUCCAUCUCAGAAAAAGUUGUACAGGGAUGUGAUGCUGGAGAACUAUAGGAACUUGGUCUCUUUGGGAUUUGCAGUUUCCAAGCCAGAUGUGAUCCACCAAAUGGAAAGAAAGGAAGCAUCUUGGAUGCCAGAGACAGAUGUCCCAAGAAGCAGCUGUCCAGACAGCAAAGAAUUUACUAGAGAAAAACCUUAUGAAUGUAAGGAAUGUGGAAAGGCCUUCCACUUUAACUCAGAACGUGAUCGACAUCAGAGAAUUCAUACUGGAGAGAAACCUUAUGAGUGCAAUGAAUGUGGGAAAGCCUUCCGCCUUACCGUACAACUUACUCUACAUAAAAGAAUUCAUACUGGAAUGAAACCUUAUGAAUGUAGUGAAUGUGGGAAGAUCUUAAGUAGCAAAACAUCACUUAAGGCACAUAAUAAAAUUCAUACUGGAGAGAUGCCUUAUAAAUGUAAGGAGUAUUCCAAAAACUUAGCUGUGAGACUUUGA